UCCUAAAGGUUAGUGUAAACGACGCAUGCGCACUGCCGACGCGGAAGGCGUGGAGAAAACGGUGCUGAUAACCCAAGGAUUAAAUAAAUAAAAAUAAAUCCUACAUAAUGUUUAAACUCGAAGGUUUGGGACCCAAAUUAGACCCGGAGGAGAUGAAGAGGAAGAUGCGGGAGGAUGUGAUUUCAUCCGUGAGGAAUUUCCUCAUUUAUGUCGCUCUUCUGAGAGUCACUCCGUAUGUCUUAAAGAAGUUGGACAGUAUAUGAGGAUGUAAAUACUGGAAACUCUGCACCUGAACUCAUGGAACAUCAUCAUGCUUCACCUGUUUGCAGCUCCGUCCUUCAUCAUCAUCAUGCUCCAGGUUAAUUUCCUGGAUGAAGCUGAACAGACUUUAAUUUAAACCCUGUGUUUUUGCUGUGUGGUCAUCGUGUCCGUGUCUCAGGCAGUCGAUCGGUACACACGUGACCUGCUGUGUGUUGAUCAUGUGACCCAGACUUAAACGUAUUUGAUUCUCUGUAGAUGAAGAUCAGUGUGAAUAAAUGUCCUUGUCCUUCAGUGUGGAUCUGGAGCCUUUGGUUUGUUCUUCUCGAAAUGUUUUGGUUUUAUUUCUUUUAGAAAUGUCAGAUAGUACAAUAGUGUUUAUUAAAUUCCCUUAAAAAUG